AUGGUAUUGAGCGAUUUUGAUUUGGUUUGCCAGAUAAAGGCUGUAAUCAUUAUGGAUAGUAAUGGCAAGCGAAUACGUAGUCUCUUCUAUGAUAGUGCACUCAAUGAUUUCAAGACAGAGAAGGAUAAGAGAGCAUUCGAAUUAAGACUACAUGAGAAGAAUAAGGUUACAAAUAGUGAGUUGGAGAUAAUUGAUCAAUACAUUGUUGUAGGAGGAAAGACUGGAGAUAUACAGGUCUAUGUUGUAGGACUCAACUCUGUUAAUGAGUUGGCAUUGUUGGACGUACUAAAUGUCAUCACAAGUCUGAUGCGAAGGAUAUGUGCCACAGAGGACUCUUCAAUCAUCUCAAAGAAGUUGUUGUUGGAGAACUACAACAUGCUUUGUUUGUAUUUAGAUGAAGUUAUCAAUGAUGGCAUUGUAUUCGAAGUCGAUGAGGACACCAUUGUUGGAAGAGUUCCACUUGCCGAUCAGAGUAUGACCGAUUUGAACAAUGCAAUUGAGUUGGCCAAAGAAAGAUUCUCAAUCUUUACCAAAGGCAGA